AUGCUCCGCUCGCAACCUCAGAAACUGCUUCGCCGGUGCUUCUCCAGCUCGGCUGCGUCUCUCGCAGGACAUACUGGCUCAGUCGAGUCCCGCGCCGUCGUCUUCAGCGAGCAUGGCGAUCCCACACGAGUCCUCCGCGCUCAUCGCUACCGCCUUCCCAAGCUCGACAAGGGGCAGGUCAGGCUGCGGUUCGAGCUCGGAUCAAUCAAUCCCGCGGACAUUAAUGUCAUCCAGGGAGUCUACCCUUCCAAGCCGGCCGUGCGGGAUGACAUCGGUCCCGAGCCGGUCAGCAUCAUGGGCAACGAGGGAGUCGCAACGGUUGAGGGCUUCGAGGAGGACGGGACCGUCGAGCAGAAGCUCGAGGUCGGAGACCGAGUCGUGAUGGGUGCCCCUCAACUCGGAACGUGGCAAUCUCAUGCGAAUAUGCCCUUCACCUCGCUCAUUCCCCUCCCCGCCUCGUCCCCUCUUUCCCUUCGCCAAGCCGCAACUCUCGCAAUCAACCCGCCUACGGCCUGGCGCAUGCUCUCCGACUUUGUUCCCCUCAACCCCGAAGACCCAAACGCUCUGACAAAGCAGGGCGGGAAGAAGCAAUGGGUUAUCCAGAACGGCGCGAACAGCGCGGUGGGUGUUGCGGUCAUCCAAUUGGCGAAGGCUUGGGGCGUCGGAACAAUCAACCUGGUGCGGAGUCGACCAUCCAUCGACGAGCUCAAGUCGCACCUCGAGUCGCUCGGCGCCGACCACGUCCUUACCUACGACGAGUUCCUCUCCCGCGAGAACAACACGCGGUCAAAGAUCAAGGAGUGGAUUGGGAAGGAUGGCGAGAUGAGGCUAGCGCUCAACUGCGUUGGAGGAAAGGAGACGGCCGAGAUGUGCAAGCUCUUGUCACUCGACGGCAAACUGGUGACGUACGGCGGAAUGGCGAAGACGGCGCUGGCGCUCCCGCCCUCACUUUUCAUCUUCCGCAAGCUCACCUCCACCGGCUUCUGGCUCUCAAACUGGGUCCAAACGCACCCGGAGGAGCGACAAACGAUGAUGCAGUCCCUCGCUGCACUCGUCAGUUCCGGCAAGCUGAAGGAACCCGAGACGGAGGUUGUCGAGCUCAAAGGCACGGACGAAGAGGUGACGCAGCAGCUGAGCGAGGUGAUGAAGAAGAUGGAAGAGGGGAGGGGGAAGAAGACGCUCUUGCACUGGAAGGACGAGUGA